CAUCUUGACCGGCCGAGGCUGCAGAUCGCAGGCAGCGGCAGCAGCAAGCCCCCACAGACAGGACGGAUGGAUUAGUAAAGCUGCUGGAAAACCACACGCGUUUAUCCUGCUUUCUUUAUUUUUCGAGUAGUGCUGCAAACACUUCUGCCCUGAAACUGAUAGUGUGAAGCGGAUUCCAGGCUUCCAUCUUACACGUUCAGCAUGGGGAUCAAGGCUGCUCUCCCCAGAUAUGAGCUGUAUCUGUACUCCGCUGUGCUCGCCGGGGCACUGAUAUGGGCAGGCAGUUGGAUAUUUGAAGCUUCAAGUGAGAACAUAAACAGAAAGGCCUUCAAACAGAGCGUGAAACCGGGAUGGCAUUACUUUGGCAGGAAAAUGGAUGUUGCGGACUUCGAGUGGGCGAUGUGGUUCUCUACAUUCCGCAACCAUAUCCUUUUUGCUCUCGCUGGUCAUGUGAUCUUUGCCAAGAUAUUUACCCUGGUAGCUGCAAAGAUUGGUAUAGAUGGAUGUAAGCACAGAUCCCUGAUCUUUGCCAUGUAUGGUGGGUUGGCAGUCCUGACCACGAUGGGCUGGACCUUCAUGGCCCUGGUUCUGUCUCACUGCAUCAUCCUCUACAGCGUUGCUCUGGUCAAGAAGAAAUGGAUGUGCUUCGCCGCAGGCCUGAUAACACUGGCCUCCCUUAAGCUGGAGCCGUACAACUCCUGGCAGGAGUCCAUGGUGACCGGUUCUUUCAACCUGCAAGACGUCCUGUUUUACGGAGGCUGUGGGUUCAGCAUCAUGCGCUGUAUGAGUUUUGCUUUAGAGAACUGUGACAAGAAGGAAGGCAGCUACACAUUCUCUGACCUGCUCAAGUAUAACUUCUACCUCCCGUUCUUCUUCUUUGGACCUAUCAUGACCUUUGAUCGCUAUCACGUCCAGGCGAACAACACCCAGCUGGGCCGUAAGGAGAAGGAGAUGUGGAACAUCACCACCAAGGCCUUGCUGCACUUGGGAGUUAUUCUGGUGGUUGAUGUCUUCUUCCACUAUCUUUACAUCCUGACGAUCCCCAGCGACAUGAAGCUGGUCUCCCACCUCUCAGACUGGUGUCUGGCUGGAUUGGCUUAUUCCAACUUGGUGUAUGACUGGGUGAAAGCAGCCGUGAUGUUUGGCGUCAUCAACACUGUGGCUACUCUGGACCACCUGGACCCUCCGCAGCCCCCCAAGUGUAUCACCAUGCUUUACGUCUUCGCUGACACGCACUUUGACAGGGGCAUCAACGACUGGCUGUGCAGGUAUGUCUAUGACUAUAUUGGCGAAGACCACGAUCAAAUCUUUAAGGAGCUUCUUGCAACCAUCUGCACGUUUGCCGUCACCACCCUGUGGCUCGGCCCAUGCGAACUGGUUUACAUCUGGUCCUUUUUCAACUGCUUCGGCCUCAACUUUGAGCUGUGGGUGGCCAAGCUCUGCUCCUUUCCACCGUUUUCUAUCAUAGAGAGAGGUAUGGGUGAAGCCAUGGGUCGCAGGAUCAGGGGUUUAUUCAACGCUGCCAACUUCUGGGCCAUCAUCCUGUACAACAUCCUCGCGUUGAAUAGUUUAGAGUUUGCCAAAAUGGUCGGCAGAAGACUGAUUUUCAAAGGAUUCCCUCUGUCCACCCUGUCUGUGCUGCUGGUGACCUACUGCGGCGUGCAGCUUGUGAAGGAGAGGGAGCGACGACAGGCCCUGCUGGAUGACCCCGAGCCCGUGAAGAAGGUGGACGGCGGCAAAGAAAAGGCGGAGUAAUCAGGCAGAAGACCCCCACGUUUCUCCGACCGUGAUAUCCGUCCCAUCCUCCUUGCCACCUGUACCAGAACCAGACUGAGACAGCCAGUCAGAAAUGUCCACAAGCGGGCGGUCGUUGCUUUAGCUUGUGAGGAGAGAGGCGGUUUUAAUGAACUCAAAGUAUCCUCAAGUGCACUUGCUGUAGAUAAAGGCCACAUUCUUCGGCACAAACCCACAAAUGAUGCAUUUUGUAUUUGUAUUUUAUCCAAACAAAACCUUUUUUUUUUUGCUGAUCAAAAGCCUGUAAAAAUGAAGGAAAAGUUAGUAGCAGGAUAGUAGGGCGUUGGGUGCUGUCGAGGGACAGCUACUUUGCUCUUGGCGGGUGGGACGUCGUUCAUCCUCAGAGAUGGAAGUUCUCACCUUUUAUUACCAUCAUUGUUGUCACUUUUGUUUCGAUGGUAUUUCUGUUCAGCUGUAGAUCCUAAUCAUCACAACUCUUACUUAGACUGAAAUACGGUGGCCGAGACCUGCCAUUGCUGAAAAUAAAAGUAACGCUGCAAACAGAAACAAACGCCGCUGCAAAUAAAAUAAACGCUUUGCUAAUAAAAUAAACGCUGCAAACAAAAAGAAACGCUGCAAAUAAAAUAAAAAAACGACGCAAAUAAAAAAGCCACAACGGAAGUGAAUUACCAGGGACUAUUUUUGCCGAUGCACCGGUGUUGCACAUUAAAAAUUACACGUAGCGACGUUGAACACUUACCUUUUCACUUAUUUUCUCGUUCGUUGUUCUUCUUAUUCCUCGCUCUUCUUAUUUCUUCCUUUUCACUUACGUCCUCUUCGUCUUCUUCUCCUCUAACGUAAAAAACACCGGUGCAUCAGCAAAAAUAGUCCCCGGUAAUUCACUUCCGUUGUGGCUUUUUUAUUUGCGUCGUUUUUUUAUUUUAUUUGCAGCAUUUCUUUUUGUUUGCAGCGUUUUUUUUAUUUUCAGCAUUUCUUUUAUUUGCAGCGGCGUUUCUUUUUAUUUGCAGCGUUUCUUUCAUUUUCCGCAAUGGCGGGUCUCGGCCACCGUACUGAAAGGAGCAAACUUGAAAAGAAAACAUAAGGAAAUCAAACAAAGGGUGCUGUGGAGAUCCUCCACGUGGCUUGAAGCUGACUGUAUCUUUCCUCCGCUGUCACCAAGCUAAACUACAAGCUACAGCGGCGUAGCUCACCUACUGAAUCACAACACUGACCAUGUGUCAGACGUCUUGUGCUCUUAAGGCAGCGAAUGUCCGGAGCGUACUUGCCUUAUUCCACCACACGCAGCCCACGGCAGGUUACUGCUGCGGUUAUCUCUCCAUAUUUUCCUCCUUAUCCUCCUUCGUGUCUUCUGUGCAGGAGGAAAGAGUUUUGUUUCAUAAUAAAGUUUUGUUUCAACCGGGA